UGAGCGGCAGCAAUGGCGGCCAGCGCCAAGUCCUUCCUGGCCGACGCGGGCUAUGGCGAGCAGGAGCUGGAUGCCAACUCCGCCCUCAUGGAGCUGGACAAAGGCCUCAGGUCAGGCAAGCUCGGGGAGCAGUGCGAAGCCGUCGUUCGUUUUCCGAGGCUCUUCCAGAAAUACCCGUUCCCCAUUCUCAUCAACUCGGCAUUCCUAAAGCUCGCCGAUGUUUUCCGAGUGGGGAACAACUUCCUGAGGCUGUGUGUGCUGAAAGUUACUCAGCAGAGUGAGAAGCACUUAGAGAAGAUCCUAAAUGUGGAUGAAUUUGUCAAGAGAGUUUUCUCAGUAAUCCAUAGCAAUGAUCCUGUUGCUCGGGCUAUUACACUUAGGAUGUUGGGCAGCAUGGCAUCUAUCAUUCCAGAAAGGAAGAAUGCACAUCACAGUAUUCGCCAGAGUUUGGAUUCCCAUGAUAAUGUGGAAGUUGAAGCUGCUAUAUUUGCUGCUGCCAACUUUUCUGCACAAUCUAAGGAUUUUGCUGUCGGAAUUUGUAAUAAAAUCAGUGAGAUGAUUCAAGGUUUGGCCACACCUGUGGACUUGAAGCUGAAGUUGAUCCCUAUUCUGCAGCACAUGCACCACGAUGCCAGCUUGGCCUCCAGCUCCCGGCAGCUACUGCAGCAGCUGGUGACAUCCUACCCCUCCACCAAGAUGGUCAUUGUCACCCUGCACACCUUUACUCUGCUUGCUGCUUCUUCUUUGGUUGACAUUCCCAAGCAGAUUCAACUUUUGUUGCAGUACUUGAAAAGUGACCCCAGGAAGGCUGUGAAGAGGCUUGCAAUCCAGGAUUUGAAGCUGUUGGCCAACAAGACACCACAUACAUGGAGCAGAGAAAAUAUUCAGGCACUCUGUGAAUCUGCUCUUAACACUCCUUAUGACAGCUUGAAAAUGGGCAUGUUAUCUGUUCUUUCCACGUUAUCAGGGACCAUUGCCAUUAAACAGUACUUCAGCAGUGCUCCAGGAACAACAGCUACAACUGCAAGGUCAUUUGAUUUGGUAAAACUAGCACAGGAGUGCUGUUAUCAUAACAACCGUGGCAUUGCAGCUCAUGGAGUGAGAAUUCUGACCAAUAUAUCAGCCUCUUGCCAGGAAAAAGAUCUUCUGCCUUUGGAGCAAGAUGCAGUUUUUGGCUUAGAAGCUCUUCUUGUUCUCUGUAGCCAAGAUGACAGCCCAGGAGCUCAGGCAACCUUAAAGAUGACGCUAACUUGCAUGGUGGAGCUGGUGAAGUGCCGCCCUCACCUGAGCCAGUCCGUGGUGGAAUCCCUGCUGACACAGCUACACAGUGCCCAGGACAAUGCCAGGAUCCUCAUGUGCCACUGCCUAGCAGCCAUUGCCAUGCAGCUGCCUGUCUUGGCAGAUGGGAUGCUGGGAGACCUAAUGGACCUCUAUAAAUUAAUUGGACAAUCUGCCACAGAUAAAAAGCAGGAACUCUUGGUUUCUCUUGCCACAGUGAUAUUUGUUUCCAGUCAGAAAGCUUUGUCCACAGAAAUCAAAACUGUUAUCAAACAGCAGCUUGAGAAUGCCUCUAAUGGAUGGACAGCCUACAGGAUAGCCAGGCAGGCUUCCAGGAUGGGCAACCACGACAUGGCCAGAGAACUGUACCAAAGCCUGCUGACUCAAGUGGCUUCAGAGCACUUCUACUUCUGGCUGAACAGCCUGAAGGAGUUCUCCCAUGCAGAGCAAUGCCUGACAGGCCUGCAGGAGGACAACUACAGCUCCGCGCUCUCCUGCAUUGCCGAAGCCUUAAAAUCCUACCACAAAGGAAUAGCCUCACUGACGGCUGCUAGCACGCCACUUAAUCCUCUGAGCUUUCAGUGUGGUUUUGUGAAACUCAGGAUUGACCUUCUGCAAGCUUUUUCUCAACUUAUUUGUACCUGCAACAGCCUAAAAACAAGUCCCCCCCCAGCUAUUGCCACGACAAUUGCUAUGACAUCCGGAAAUGAUCUCCAGAGGUGUGGACGCAUCUCCAACCAGAUGAAGCACUCAAUGGAGGAAUUCCGAAACUUGGCUACACGGUACGGAGAUCUGUAUCAGUCAUCAUUUGAUGCGGACUCAGCAACUCUAAGGAAUGUAGAACUACAACAGCAGAGCUGUCUGUUGAUUUCACAUGCAAUAGAAGCUCUGAUUUUGGAUCCAGAAUCUGCAAGUUUCCAGGAAUAUAGCUCAAAUGGAACAGCUCAUGUUGAAAGUGAAUAUGAAAGAAGAAUGAUGUCUGUAUUUAAUCGUGUACUAGAGGAAGUGGAAUCUCUCAACAGGAAGUAUGCUCCUGUGUCUUACUUGCAUACAGCUUGUCUGUGCAAUGCUGUCAUUGCAUUGUUGAAGGUGCCCCUUUCAUUUCAAAGGUAUUUUUUCCAAAAGCUCCAGUCUACAAGUAUUAAGCUUGCUCUAUCCCCGUCUCCAAGGAACCCAGCAGAGCCUAUAGCAGUACAGAACAACCAGCAAUUGGCCCUCAAGGUGGAAGGAGUGGUUCAGCAUGGAUCUAAACCAGGCCUUUUCCGUAAAAUCCAGUCCGUCUGUCUGAAUGUCUCUUCAGUGCUGCAGAGCAAAUCUGGACAAGACUAUAAGAUUCCUAUUGACAACAUGACCAAUGAAAUGGAGCAGAAGGUGGAACCGCACAACGACUAUUUCAGCACUCAGUUCCUGUUAAACUUUGUCAUCCUUGGCACCCACAACAUCACAGUGGAGUCCUCUGUGAUAGACUCAAAUGGUAUUGUCUGGAAAACUGGGCCUAAAACAACUAUUUUUGUUAAGUCUCUUGAGGAUCCAUACUCUCAGCAGGUUCGUCUCCAGCAGCAGCAAGGCCAGCCUCCAUCCCAGCAGCAGCAGCAGAGAACCGCGUACUCACGCUUUUGAUUCCCAGAGGUCACUCGGUGCUGCUCAACUGGUAUUGCAGUUUUUCUUGGACACUUAUUUUUUUUUAUUGUUUUUUGAAGACUUCUUAUCAUCAUAACCUUCUCCCAGAAAGUCUCAGAUGCCAAUUUGUUGCUUUUUAAAUUAUCUGGGGUAAAUCUGAACUUGAUUCAGCAGAGGCAACUGUUCAAAUUUGGAGUUGUGCUCUUGCUAUAAGAACUUCUACCUGAUCUCUAACUUCUGUUUACAAACCUAUUCCAGCAGGCUCCAUAAACUACAGUAGCAGGGGACACUAAGAACUUGUUGACUGGUACUUUCCAUUUUUUUUGAGGCACACAUAGGUUCUAAUGUCAGGUUUACAGGACAUUGGGAAACACUUCACUUUGGCUGGUUAUAUAGAAAUGAGUGUAAUAUCAAGUGUGUAUCUUUCAACAUGAAGAAAUUGUCAGGAAUAUCCAGAGAUUCCUUUUCUGACAUUUUAAUAGCAAGUUCCAGUAUUUGGCUGAUGUAUGUAUGUUGUUGCAACUCAUCAGCAUUACUUAAUGCACACAGCUGAGAGAAAAAACAUUGCAGUUCACUUCUGAUAACCUGUCACUGCAGAGGGAGGAGACUGGUUGAGGGGCUGAUGUUGGGGGAGUCCUGAAAGAGGCAGAGUUUUAUAGGUGGGAAUAAUCACUGUCUCUGAGAUGACAGGAAGAAUAUUAAUGUGCUGUUUUUAAAUUUUUAUGCAUCUGUGUUACUGAAACCUGUCAUUUUGUUGUUUUUUUUUUACUUGCUCUUUUAAGGAGGAAGUUAAAAUUAAUGACAACUUGCAAGUUAACAGCUUUGUUUUUUAAAAGGAGUCCUUUGUACCAAGAAUUUGUAAUCUUAUGUAUUCUUUGACCAACUUGCUAAGCUUAAAUGUUAAUUUUACAAGACAACUUGAAAUAGAAUUUUGCCAAUUCUAGAAAUAGAUCCAGAAUAAUUCUGGAAAUAUGCUGCUUCAUACAUAAUUUUCACACCUCCUUUGUGAUAUAAAAGGCUGAACUGUAUCCAGACUCACGGGCAGUAGAUCACAUAACAUGACCUUCAUCUGAUCUUCAUAAAUA